CCCACGUCGGCUUCCCAGAGUGCUAGGAUUGUAGGCGUGAGCCACCAUGCCCGGACAGAAUAAGCUUUUUAUGUACUAUACAUAUUAAACCUUUAUCUGUCCUACUUAAAACUAUAUUCCCAUUUCAUGGCUUUCCUUUCCAAAAUUUUGGUAGAAUAUACAUAUCAUAAAAUUUACCAUCCUGACUAUUUUGAAAUGCUAAGUACAUUCACAUUGUUCUGCAACCAAUCUCCAGAUCAUGGCUUUUAAAAAAAUUUAAUUUAGUUAAGCUUUAUGAAAAAGAAGUUGAAAUUUGUACAAAUUCACUUUUUUGAUAAUUACUGAUGUUUGCUCAACACUUUAAAUUGUAUAAUGCUCUUUAACAUAUAUGAUUUCACUUGAUCCUCAUAAACAUCCUUCCGAGGUGGAUGUGCUCUCCACUUGACAGAUGAGAAAGCUGAAGCCAUGAGACAUUUGAUGGCAUCUUAUUCAAGGUUACAUAACUAUAAUAGUAAGUGGCAGAGAUAGAAUUUGAAUAGAGGCAUUCUGAUGACCAUGAUACCUCUAGAAAAAAUGACAGGAGUUUGUGUUGUAUGGAAGACUAAAACACGAUUUCUAGGAGUUCUCCUGGGAGAUGAGAGAACUCACAGACACAGCAGACGCCAGAUAAUACAAGUGACUGGUAUUCUGUAAACUUCCAAAGCUAUGCUCUGAGUUUUCCAUCUGCUCACACCACCCCAUGCUUACCAUUUCUUCUUCCCCUGUGCUGAGGCUCUCAGGAGGACUCACUAUUAGGCAAAAAACAUUGACAGCACAGAAGACAAGCUUGGAGUCUUUAUCCUUGGAGUGUUUAUCCUAGAGAAACAGAGUGCCACCCAGGUUUCCAUGCUGAUGAUUUCAUUCAAUUACUCACCCAUGCAACAAAUAUUACCUGAAUACUCACUGCAGGCUUAGCAUUAGAAGAAUGAUGUUGAGCAAAACAGACAAAAUCUCUGCACUCGUGGAGCUCAAGGACAAGUGGGGAAAACAGACAUUGAUCAGGAAAUCAUAAAAAUAACUAAUUAUGAACCGUAUUGAAGGAAAUAAAUAAUAUGCUAUGAGAGAAGUUUAUAUAAAAUAGGUGCACCAGACCAUGUCCAAGGAAGGGAAGCUUCCCGUAAAAUAUUUUCUGGAAGUUUUUCUUCUUCUCUUCCUCUUUUACACACAUCUCCCCCAAGCCUCACGUUAAACUUCACAGGGAAAGACAUGUAACAUAUGAUUUGGAGAAAUCCAGGACUGAGUAUAUGUUCUGUCUGUAUGCAUUUGUAAAUAUUCCAUAUUCCACAAUAUUCUUUCAUUAUCUGACUUGUAUACUAAUCACAACCUUGCAAGGUAGACAGGCAAGUAUGACUCCCUGCAUUUCACUGAUGAAGAAUGUGAGUCUCACAGAAGUUAAGUAACUUGCCUAAAAUCGAGUUACCCAAUUGUUAAUGGUGGGGCUGGGACUUGAAUCUAGGUCUUGUAACACUUAGAUGAUGUUAUUCUUGUAAUAGUCAUUCUUUUAUUUAUUCAUUCCUCCAUCAGACAUGUACUGAUCACUUUCUGAGAGUCAGGCUAUGUAUGGAGCAAGCAGGAACCACUGAAGAGUUUUAAGAGGAAAGCAGCAUGAACCAAUUCAGGUUGUAGACAGAACUGUCUUCUGGAUGAGAGAACACAAAGUGGUGGUUUUCAAAGAAUGAUCCAGGACCUAUAAAGUCAGAAUCUCUGAGAUCCCAGCUCAGGAAUCUGGCAAUCGGCCAGGUGUGGGAACUCUUCUGAUUCCAAUGCAAUACAGAGGAAAAGCACUGUGUUAGAGAAGGAGAUGGUACAACCAGAUAACAUGACCACAGUGGCAGCUCUAGUAACUAGGUGAGAGGUAAUAAGGUUCACAGACAAAGAUAUGCACUUUUGAGUCAUUUAGAUAGUGUGAACAAGGCUUCCACUCCACCCUUGCAUGGACAGUGUCCAGGAUUCCUAUCUGAAUCCUCUUUCUGGCACUAGAGCUUGUGGGCUUUACUGCACAUAGUGAUUUAUACCCACAUCUUGACUUUAAAUAAUUUAUAUUAUUUUUCUUAGCACUUGCUUUGCAAAUCUCCACUUUAUCUCACACUGCCCCAAGCCUUGUAUUUAUUUCUCCUUCACUUUCAUAAAACCGAGGAGAGAUAUAAUGGACAGACAAGUAAAACCUUAAAAGUUUUAAAACAUUUCUUUCUUUGGAGCUGGAUACACAGGCAUAUAAGAAUUGAUUUGAUCAGACAAGCACAGACGGGGAGAGAAAACAGCAGGCCUUAGGGAGAUACACUGGACUUCCUCCUUUCUAAACCCUAGGAUGACUCCAGGAAACCUGAAGACAAUAAUUCCAGAACCCAGAGGGUGACCCCAUUUCCUCUUCAAGGUUGUUACUGGUUGUCAGACUGGAGGCGUUGAGGAAUUCAGGAAACUGUGAAGAAACCACAACGCCUCAACAACCACCUCCCCAAACAUCAACAUCAACAACCUCAACAAUAAAAUUCAUUAAAAUUCAUCUCCCUCCGCCCACAACCACAGACCCGAAGCUGGAAGCCGGGAGGCGACUACAGCAGAAACUCUUGGUUGCCCAGCUUGGUAUUUCCUCAUCCGGGACCCAGGUUUCCCAAAAUCUCAGAGAGCCUGGAAACUGACGUCCUCAUCUCUGGGUGAGAGGUGGCUAAGGCCACCUCCGCUCUCUCCUCACUGCCAAGCAGGUCAGGAUUAAAGCAAACUGAGGCAAAGGCUACAGUUGGCAGCGCCACGAGGAGACUGGCCAGUCCAGGUGUUCCUUCUGUCCUGUUCGGUCUCGCCUCGAGGUUCCCUCCAUUCUCGGCACCCCCAGCCUCUCGUCCAGCCACCCAAGCUUUAGACCUCGGGUGGUGUGCAGAACGAAUUGGUCACAGCCAUGAAUAUCUCACACGAAAUGGAGCAGCUGUUCCAGCCCUAUGACUUCGAGCGGUCGCAGGACAUGAGGCCCUUUUUGGAGGAGUACUGGUGAGACCUGGGCAACCUGUUUCCCCAUAGUUCUGAUCUACCUGCUGCUCAUCAUUGUGGGGCAGAACUACAUGAAGGCAAGGAAGGGCUUCAACCUACAGGGGCCUCUCAUCCUCUGGUCCUUCUGCCUUGCAAUCUUCAGUAUCCUGGGAGCAGUGAGGAUGUGUGGCUUUAUGGGAGCUGUAAUACUUAGAAGGGGCCUAAAGCAAACGGUGUGCUUCAUGAACUUCCUGGAAAGUUCCACAAUCAAGUUCUGGUCCUGCCUUUUUCUUCUCAGCAAGAUCAUUGAACUCGGAGACACAGCCUUCAUCAUCCUGCGUAAGCGGCCACUCAUUUUUGUGCACUGGUACCACCACUGUACGGUGCUAAUGUACACAAGCUUUGGAUACAAGAACAAAGUGCCUGCAGGCGGAUGGUUCAUGACCAUGAACUUCAGUAUACAUGCCAUCAUGUACACCUACUACACUCUGAAGGCUGCCAAUGUGAAGCUCCCCAGGUUGCUUCCUAUGCUCAUCACCAGUCUGCAGAUCCUGCAGAUGUUUCUAGGAGCCAUCAUCGGCCUAAUGACUUACAUCUGGAGGCAGGAACAGACAUGCCACACCACAGGAGAACACUUCUUCUGGUCCUCCAUCUUGUAUAUAACCUAUUUUAUCCUCUUUGCCCACUUCUUCUACCAAACCUACAUUAGGCCCAAGGUCAAAGCCAAGACCAAGAGCCAGUGAAGGGUUGGAGAGAACAAUGAAGCCCCAGGUUCUCUCUUCCCCAGGGGACUAAGGUUCUGUGCUUAGGUUUGGGAGAAUGAUUAGGGUGCCUUACCUGCAUGGUUUCCCCGCAGGAUGUGUGUACCAUGGGAGGUGGUAGGAAGUUAUGAUAGACAAGAAGGGUCACUCCUGAGAUGAAGGUGUGGUCUGGUACUUUUAUAUUUCUGUUUUUAAUGUGAAGGCCAAGCAGGCCCUGGAAUGGGGGUGGGACUGAAGAGGGCCCCCAGAGCUGAGUUAUUUAUAUUUCUAUCCAGAAGUCUUUCUUCUUCUUCUUGCUUUAUUUUUUAAUUAAAGAUUUCAAGAAGA